UAUUUUGUGCGAAGUGUGACCACUGUGUUUUGCUAAAUUUGUUCUGUAGAAAGUAAUUCUCACAAAUUUUAUUUGGCGGUCCGUGUACAGUUUUGUUAAUAAUACGAUUAAGAUUAACUUAUAGACAUAUUAGAUUAAGAGCAUUACUUUUACCAGGCUCAUAUUUAUCUAGCUAUCUGUACUUUGUCACAGAUGGGUAAAUUGGAUAUAUUGAAUGGAAUAGUAUUUUGCUGUAUAUAAAACUUGACAGUCUCUUUCUUAUAAUCUGUAAAAUUUAUUGCAUACCUAAAUGGAUGGUUUAACUCGGUUGUCGAGCAGUGCUCACAGUAACGGAAACAAUCUAGAUCAGAAUAAUACAGGUUGUAACAUGCAGUUGCAGUCAAAAACUCUACGCAAUUUUAAAUUACUUUCUGACCCAGCAUUAGUAAAAGGAGCAAGUAAGGUAUAUCGGUACGAUGGUAUUACGCCGGAACAACCAUAUUCAUCUAUUGUACCCAGAGAUCCUCGUAAUCCCAUUGUACGUCUCCGUGCGAAACCUGUGGAUCCUUUGGUUCUUAUACUACCACGAUUUAAAAUUGAUCAAAAUUACGUUGGCCAACCUCCGCCCAUCGAAAUUACUUUGACAAACUUAAAUGACAACAUCGAUAACACAUUUUUGUCUGGGAUGCUAAGUAAAUGUGGUUUAUACGAUGAACUAGUGAUACAUCACCAUCCAGUAACUAAUAAACACCUUGGUAUAGCUCAUAUUGUUUUCGAAAGCACUAAGGCUGCUCGCUUAUGUAUUGAGAAAUAUAACCAAAAAUCAGUGAUGGGAAAAGUUUUAACUAUUUUUCACGAUCCAUUUGGAAAAAUUUGCCAUGAAACUGUGGACCAACUAACGUCAUCCAAACCAAAACAUAAUUCCAAUAUGUACGCACCAAUAAAUUCGUUUGCCCAUCAUCCAAGUAGUGUUCCACUUCAAAAUAGCAUACAUGUUAUAUCGGAAUCACAGCAGUAUAAAACUCAGGACAUUUAUAAUACAACAGAUUUACCAAAUUAUCAAAAGUUUCGUAAUGAGCGUGAGUAUUCCCAAAACUACCAACAAAAAUAUCGGAGUCAUAUGGCUGAUGAAUUCCAAAGCCGAGAAUCUAGGGAUAAGGAUCGUAGUAGGGAGAAAUUUUCGUAUCAAACGACGUAUGACCGUACGAAAAAUCAUUUUAAUAGAUGUGAAAAUGAUAGAGAACUUUCUAAGGAAAGAAACAGAGACCAUGGAAACCGUCGUGAUCGUGACAGAGAAAGAGAAUAUCACAAAACACGAGAUAGGGACCGAGAUCGUGAUAGGCGUCGAGACAUUGAUAUAGAACGCGAUUAUCGUAAAAGAAAUACAGAUCGGUAUGAUAAGGAUAGAGAAAAAGACAAGAGUCGUAGCAGGCUUACAACACCAGAAGAAAGAGAUUAUGAUGGGCAGAACAACUAUAAUGACAAAUCGAAAAAUGCCCAAAUGGAUAUGUUUUAUCAUCUUGGAUCUUCGUUUCCACAUAACUCUGCACAAACACUAGGGCCUUCAAUAAAUACUUUGUUAGAACAAAAUUACAGAUAUCCUACAUAUGGCGUUAAUGCUGAAUCAUCUCAAAAUCCAUGGAUUGGGCAGAGAACAUGGACUGCUCCACAACCUCAAUCACAACCCAGGGUAGAUAUUCCACCGCCACCUCCCCCUGAUAAAACACCAAACUGGGAUGAUCCCGAACCUCCGCCACCGGGACAAAAAAGCCCUCUUACUAUUGCAGAAUCACAAAUUGUUAAAAGAUUAAUUAUACCUGCAGAAACUAAGGAAAAUUCGAUUUCUGUAGAAAAAUCUGACAUUACAGAUUUAGGAAAAGUCGAUUUAGAUACAAGAAUUGAAAUGAUGUUUAAAAGAAAAUCAUUUGGAAAUGCUCCACCGUUUUUACAAAUUGAUAGUAGCGACUCGGAAGUUGAAAAUGCUAAAGUCAAACAAGAUAAUGUAGACUUGUGUUCAGAUUCAAAUCUGAAAAUAAAAGAAAAGAGUUUAGAGGUUAAUAAACAAUUUAAUAAAGAGUCACAGAUGUAUGAGCAACAUGAUGCGAGUGAUAUUUCUUCAAGUGAUGAUGAAAUUCUUCUUAAAAAAGAAUCAUUGAGUCCUAUUGAAUCAAACAAAGAAGAUGACAAACAUAAUCGCCAACCAUUGUCAAAUACAUUGUAUUUUCAUAAAAAUGAAAAAUAUGUACAAGCGAGUAGUACAUCGAACCUUACGGCGAGUUUUACAGAAUCCAACGAAAAAUCUAGUUUUGCAUAUCAAAAUAAUGAAUAUUUUAAACCAAAUUUCGCAUAUUCUUUACAAGUUCACGCAGAUACAUCAUUAUCUCGCCAUUUUCCCAAUCCUGCAUAUAUGCACUCGUCAUACAUGCCUGGAUUUAGCAGCAUGCCUUAUGGCUCAUCUCAUAAUGAUGAUUUCGGACAUUAUCUUUACCAACUGAGUAAUGACAAUUGCAAAGCAUUUACUGGCUAUGGAUACAAUCAAAAUGAUCCAUUUAAGAAGCAAAUAGAUGCUGUAGUUGAAAGAGUAAGCAUUGAAUUGAAGCAAAUACUCAAACGUGACUUCAAUAAAAAGAUGAUAGAAAAUACUGCUUAUAAGAAUUUCGAAACAUGGUGGGAUGAUCAACUGCAAAAAAGUCGUUAUAAGGAAAGAACUUCUGUUAUGAGUGACAAAAUUUCACAGCUUUCUAUUGCAACGGUGGUUAAAAGUAUUGAAAAAGCUCCAGACAUAAAUCAGUUAAUUAAUAGUCAGUGUGAUAUGUCUGAUUUGAAUUCAUUUACAAGCCUCGGACUUCGUGCGUCGAUACCAAAAUUACCUUCAUUCCGUCGGAUCCGCAAAGAAUCACUUCCAGAGACUAAGGACUAUGAAAAGCAUUUAAGUGAUCAAGAUGAAAUGGUUCAUGGUUCGGAUUCAGAAAAGGAAGAUGUCAAUGCAGAUGGUAAUAACGUUCGUAACAAAACUAAUAAAAUGGUGGCGUGCUCUGAACUUUUACCAAAAUCAAAACGAAAGGCCAGCUCAUCUAGUUUUUCGUCAUCAGAAUUGGAAGACAGUAGUGAUGAGGGACAUACAAGUGAAGAUAGUGUAUUGUCUGAAGAAGAAUUCAGUUCAUGCUCAGAAAAUAAUUAUAAUCCUGAGAAUGGGAAAUGUGAUAUAAACAUAAGGCAACGAAUGUCGGAUCUGAUUUCUGACUUUAAUAAAGAAAAUAACAAAAAGAGUAAGUCUGUACAUUCAAAAAAUUUCAUAUAUUCAGAUAGCGAUGAUGAGCAUGAAAUAAAAAAAAAUAUCUCCAAAGAGUACGUGAAAUCACCUAAAACGCAAAGAAAUUUUUCUAUUACUUCUGAUUUAGAAGACAUUAGUAAAGAUAGCACAAUUACAGUUACCGAAGAUGUUGAGGAAAAUGUUAAUAAAUUUUCAAGUGAUAAUUUAAUUUCUGCAAAUGAAAACAGAGACACCACCGGUACUGUUUACAAUGUCGAAACUGGGAAUGACAUUGAAAAAGAAGCAAAGAAUGUAUCGAAUUUUGAAUAUGACCGAAUUUAUAGUGACUCCGAGGAAGAGCGAGAAUAUCAAGAACGACGUCGUCGAAACACAGAAUAUAUGGCUCAAAUAGAACGCGAGUUCCUCGAGGAACAAGCACUAAAAUUGGACGAAACUCGUGACAAAAGUCAUAGGAGCGUAAAAGAUAUAAGCAAUAAACCUCUCAUCGUAAAGAAUAUUUCUGACUUACUCACUGAAACAGAAACAGCAACUGAAAGUUUACGAAAUCCUAUGAAAAUAGAUGAAGCAACUAAAAAGAGAGACAAAAAUAAAUUUAAAAAGGAUAAAAUUGCACCAGUUCCUCCUUCAAAAUCGAAAAAUGGUGUAAAAUGUAAAAAGAAACAGGAAAUUAAAAAAAAAAAUCAAACUUUUGCACCACCUUUACCUACUCAAAACAAUGAUGUAAGUCUUAUCGAAAUUGGUGAGGAAAAUAAAAACUCAAAUGAGUUAAAUAACCAACAACCUGGUACUGUUGAGAUUCAAAAACUUCUAUCAGCAGAAGUAUAUAAAGAAUUUAGUGAUGAUGUGAAAUUGUCACCUUCGUCUGAUGGUGGUUCAAGUCAAGCAAGUCAAGCUAGUCAGGUUGCGUUAGAGCAUUGCUAUUCUUUACCACCCCAAGCCGAUACUUCAACAACCUGCAACCAAAAGAAGAAAAAUACAUAUUUUAAAAGAGAAAAUGAUAACGACAAACAAUUAAACUUAGAACAUGAUCAUGGUGCUUAUGCUAAUGUUAAUACCUUUGGAAACAACAGCGAAGUUACUAUUUCUGAGGAGCAAAUUGUUCAGCGUCAAAAUUCUAAACCUGGGCCUGGUCGUCCAAGAAAAGAUUCUACAAAAAUUCGAAGAAAAAAUUGUAUAAUACAAAAUUCUUACGACCUUGCUGUGGAAAAAAAGUCCAUGCCCAGAGAUAUUCUUUUGCAAAAUGUAUCUCAAUCAAAAUUCAUUCCUUUAGAACUGUUUAAAGCCCGUGAUGCAACUGACGAAUUGAUGGUGCUUUAUGAAUUUCUUACAAAAGGAAUUGACUUUGAAGAUAUAGAAUAUAUUCGAAAAAGUUAUGAAAUUCAUUUACAAGAAGAUACAUACGGUUUCUGGUUAAAUAAUACUCAUUGGGUUGAACAUUGUAUAACAGACCGUUCCUUCGUACCACCUCCACAAAAGAAACGCAAAAGAGAAGAUGAACUUAAACGACAUAAAACUGGUUGUGCUCGUACUGAAGGUUAUUACAAAUUAGAUGUUAGAGAGAAGGCUAAGCAUAAAUAUCAUCAUGCUAAAUCUAAUGUAGAAAAUGCUUUAAGCAUAGAUCGCAGUGAUGAUCAAUUGCAACAAUCGCAUAAUAAGUUGAUUUCAAAAAUGCAAGGAAUUUCACGUGAAGCGCGAUCAAAUCAAAGGCGUUUACUUACUGCGUUUGGUUCAAUUGGAGAAUCUGAAUUAUUAAAAUUUAAUCAAUUGAAAUUUAGAAAAAAACAACUAAAGUUUGCCAAAUCAGCUAUACAUGAUUGGGGUCUUUUUGCAAUGGAACCAAUUGCGGCUGAUGAAAUGGUUAUAGAAUAUGUUGGGCAAAUGAUACGUCCAAUUGUUGCAGAUUUAAGAGAAUCUAAAUAUGAAGCAAUAGGAAUCGGCAGCUCAUAUUUGUUUAGGAUUGAUAUGGAAACAAUUAUUGAUGCCACGAAAUGCGGUAAUUUGGCUCGCUUUAUCAACCACAGUUGCAACCCCAACUGCUACGCAAAGGUCAUUACGAUAGAAUCUGAAAAGAAAAUUGUGAUUUAUUCCAAACAACCAAUUGGAAUAAACGAAGAAAUAACUUAUGAUUAUAAAUUUCCUUUAGAAGACGAAAAAAUUCCUUGUUUAUGCGGAGCGCAAGGGUGCAGAGGGACUCUCAAUUAAUCAUUAUUUUAGUUCUAAAGAUUACCUCAUUAAGUAUCGAUACAUCUAUGUAAGUUUAAAUUUGUGUAAUAUUGUUUAGUGAUAAAGCACUACAUAAAUAUACUUAUUUUUAGUAUCUGUUUAUUGAAUUUACUGUUAUUUACAGUAACUUCUUUGUUAAAUAUCUAGUUCCUUAAAGGUGUAUAAAAAUCGUUUAUUAAAAUCCUGUCAACUAAGUAAUGGAAAUUAAAUUAAAUAUAUAUAUGUAUAUGUAUAUGUAUACAUAUAUAUAUAUAUAUAUAGUUAUGUGAAAAAUAAUGACAGUGGACCGCUGUUGUGAAUGAAGUUAAUGUAUGUACAUCCAGAAAUGUGGGGGCAUCAGCGGCAAUUAAUUAAUUAAAUUAAUUGAGAACAAAAUAAAAUUCAGUUUUUUUCAGUUCUACCCAUA